GAUAUGUUAAGAGUGUCACAAAGCUCACAUCUAUCAGGACAGUCAAAGUUUGAGGGCUGACAUUUCCUCAGCAUUUGAUAUCUCUCAGAGAUACAUCAAUGGAGAUUGUAGCUUUACUUUGGAUUUUCUCUCUGGCUUUUACAGGUUUAACUGAAGGAGAUGGUGUGUUGCCAGACGGUCCUCUGAAUGCAGCUGUGGGAGGGAAAGUGAUGUUCACCACAACACUGACUCCAGGAACAUCAUUUCAAUCAGUGACCUGGAAAUUUGGUACUAAACAAAUAUUCACAUUUAAUGUUAACAACUUCCCUGCACCAGGGUAUGAAGGCAGGAUCACCUUCUUCAUGUCUACUGGAUCUCUGGAGCUCAGGAACCUGGCUCUGAAUGACAGUGGAGAAUACUCAGUAAGCAUUACAACAGCUGGAGAACCAUCAAAGUCAGGGAACACAAGACUGGAAGUAUACGAGCCAGUCUCCAAUGUAAUGGUAACAGCCAGCAGCACAGAGCUGGUGGAGUUCAACAGCUCCGUCAGUCUGUCCUGCUCCUCCUCUGGAUCCUCUCUCUCUUUCCUCUGGCUGAACAGCAGCUCUGAGGUGACAGGAAGUGACAGAGUUCAGAUCACUGAUGGAGGAUCCAUUACUAUAGUUAAUGUGACCCGCUCCGACCAGGGACCAUUCAGCUGUCGUGUGUCUAAUCCUGUCAGUGAGGGAACCAGUGAUCCAGUAACCCUCAUCAUCUACUAUGGUCCAGAAAAUACUAUUUUGAAAAGAUCUACGACAAAAGAAGACCAUCUGGAGGGAUCAGACAUCCUCCUGUCCUGCUCAGCUGACUCCAACCCUCCUGCCCAGUAUAGGUGGUUUCUGAAUGGUAGCGUGCUGUCUGAGGGACCAGAGCUCAAACUGCUGAACGUUCAGAAAAAUCAAAGUGGAAGCUACAGCUGUCAGGCCUUCAACGACAAAACUCUGAGAUAUGAAAUGUCUCAGCCAGCAUCCAUCUCUGUACUGGCACGUGUUACCGAUGUUGUGGUAACUUCAAAACCCACAGAGCUGGUGGAGUUCAGCAGCUCCGUCAGUCUGUCCUGCUCCUCCUCUGGAUCCCCUCUCUCUUUCCUCUGGCUGAACAGCAGCUCUGAGGUGACAGAGAGUGACAGAGUUCAGAUCACUGAUGGAGGAUCCACUUUGACUAUAGUUAAUGUGACGCGCUACGACCAGGGACCAUUCAGCUGUCAGGUGUUUAAUCCUGUCAGUAAUGGAACCAGUGACCCACUAAACCUCACCAUCUACUAUGGUCCAGAAAAAGUGAAGUUGGUCAUAUCUCUGCCACAAAAAUAUUAUGAGAAAGGGUCAGACAUCAGCCUGUCCUGCUCAGCUGACUCCAGACCUUCUGCUGGCUUUCAGUGGUUUCUGAAUGGAGACCUGCUGUCUGAUACUGGGCCAGAGCUCAGUCUGAUUAACAUGCAGACAAACCAAAGUGGGAACUACAGCUGUCAGGCCUUUAACAACAAAACUCUGAGAUAUGAAACGUCUCAGUCUUCAGUUGUCUCUGUACUGGAGAAAAUAUCAGGCGCUUCUGUCACGUCUCCAACAAACCUGCCGAUUGAGGGGAACUCUUUCACCUUAAUCUGUGACGCUGCUGGCUCUGUCUUUACCAGAAAGUGGAAGAAGGGUGGCGUAGAUCUGACUCUAACUGUAGACAUGACGCUCACCAACAACAGCAGAGAGCUGUCUUUCAGCAGUCUGAAUAAAAACCACCAUGGAGAUUAUUCCUGUAUCAUCAGCAACCCCCUCAGCAGCGAGGAAGCAAAGUACUCCAUGAUUGUUAACUAUGGACCAGAAACAGUUCAAAUCACAGGUCCGAGUCAGAUACAUGUGGGAGGCACAUUUGAAUUAACCUGCUCGGCUUCAUCCGUACCACCUGCCAGUUACACCUGGAGGCUGAAUGGGACAGUGAUACACACUUCUGCUGGGAUUUAUAAUAACUACACUGAAUUAAAUGACAGUGGCAGCUACUCCUGUGAAGCAAUGAAUAAAAUAACCGAGAGAAUAUCAUCAGCGGUCCACGAACUGACCGUAACACUUACAGAGCAAAGGCCAGACCCAUCAGGCUGUUCAGGUGGUUGCAUCGCUGGAAUAGUUAUCGGUGUUUUAGUCGUCAUUGGAGCUGCUGGUGGUGGAGGGUACUACGUUUACUACAAAACACAACAAAAGAAGAAAACAGCUGCUGGAAACAUCAACACCAGAACGGGAGCUCAAGGCCAGGAGAAUGGGGCGUUCACAAGAAGUCAGGAGAUGCACUAUGCAGAUGUCAGAUUCAACCCAAACCAUAAUGGGGGGGCAGUCCAGCUUGGACAACAGAAUAAUAUCUCAAACUACGCUGAGGUCCGAGUAAACAACAAUCCUUCUGCUGCGUCCUCACUUCCAACCUAUGAUGCCCACUUACAGCGGAACAAGAGGCCGGCUCCUCAGCCUGAUACGUCUGAGCUUUACGCUCAAGUCCGAAAGAAAUGACCACACUGGAAACAAUGAAUAAUGUGGACGGGUUUCACUGGAAGCAGCUUACAUGAGAAUUCUGCUCGUCCCUCUCAGUUUCUUUCAAUGGAGGACUCGUUUGCCUUGAGUUUAUUUCUCCAAAGCACUUUAGCCGGGGUUAAUGAUCAACCAGGUUGUGAGUUAUUUCCCUAACUGAGAUCAGACUGCACAAUGUUGGCCUACUCGCUUGCAUUGAUGUCUUCUAAGAAUAGCUUUCUUGUGUACAGUAAAUUAAAAGUGCAAAUACAUGAGAGGACAUGUACUAUGUGCUGCUUUAGCCUAAUGUUUGAUACCAGGGUGGUGCCAUAUUGGACUCCCUAUGCACACUGUGAGAUCACAAUCAUUUUAUAUUUAUUUCACAUUAAAAUGCUCUAUCAGUUAUUUAAUAAUAUUUGAUUUAGAUUUCAGUUGUAUUUGAUAGGGCAUUGAUUCUCCUUAAUCUUUGAUUUGAGACCUAUAAUGACAUUGUUAUGGUGGAGAGAUUAACGCUAUCUGUUGGUCCAAAGGACGAGUUGAAAGAGCCAUAGGGAUAUAAAUCAUUGUAGUUGAAUUUCAUAAAGUUGAACUUUAUAAUGCCACAUGGGAGGAGGUGUGAAGCCACAACAAUCCAAAAUGCUAUUAUGAAAAACAUAUAUAUCGCUUGUUCUCCAGUUUCACUCCAAUUUUAGUCGAUAGCUUAAGUUUAAGUUAGCUACCUGCAAGGUUGUUUGAUGGAUAUCUUUAUGACCAAUAAAUGCCUUGAGUCUGCGUCCAACAGACAUGCGGAAACCGUUUUAGGAAGUGUGCCAAUAGUUAUCGUAAGGUAUCAUCAGGUUAUUCAUCCAAAACAUUUACAGUAAAUGUCAAUAAAGGUGGCUGUGCGAUAAAAUGAUAUGGUGCUGUAUCUGUAAACAUUUUUCCCUGAAAGGCCUGCUGCCAACAGAGAAGUAAUAAAAUGAAGUGAAACAUUGCACUCAUGGAAAAAGAUAACAUGCAUGCUCUCACUUUCAGGAAAUCCUCCCUUUAGAUCUAUCGUGUUUGUGAAGAUCUCCAUGAGCUUACAGCAUUGAAAUAGCAGCCAUAACAACACACCUCAGAACUGUAUCAUCACAGGAUAAACAGCACAAGGCACCUCCAGUCAAACAAUAAAGUAGUACGUUACACUCCGGUGUCUUCAACUCAACGCAAAUCAUGAAUAUGUUUCACUCUAAUAUCCAAAACAAUAAUCAGAAGACAUCAAAAUAGCCGGCCUUACUGCAGUGUAUCCGAGUUUCCAUUUCCCUCUGAUAUUCCAGGUCCAUAAUACCCCCGCACUACACUGUAAAAACGGCACCAUUGACUUUAAUUGAAUGUAUAAUGUUUGCAAAUGUCCCUUAACUAUAUUAGGUGAGUUGAAAGCAUACAUACUAAACUUAAUAUUAUUGCUUUCAACUAACCUAAUAAAAUGAUGUGAAAUCUGUUAAUGUAAUACAUUUAAUUAAAGUCACGUUUCAGUUUGUUCAGUGUAUGGCAACAAGUCCCAUCACCAACAUACUGAAAUUCACAUUUGUAUUUAGUUCAAAACAGGCUGUUUUUUGAUUGUUUUUGUCCUUUAUCUCGGUUAUACAAAAUGACAAACAAUAGCAUAGAGUCUUAACACAUUUAUUUCUGAUUUACACAAGUAUCAAACUGUUGUCAACAAAUAACCAGCUGGAAGAAAUGCAUUGCAACAUUCUUAGUUUUAAUUAGCUCUGUUUCAUUAUUUCAUCUGCUGGCAUUCGAUGAUACUUCUUAUUUAAGUGUUGUGUGAUAAUUCAGUAAUCUAAGAUGAUUCCCAGGAGCUUUGUCUCUUGGACUUGGUCAAUAGAUGAAUCAUUUAUGUAAAGAUGUCAUUUGUUUUGUUUGUGACAAAUCAAAGUUCUUUGUCUUAGAAAUAUUCAGGAUCAACACAUGGACUUCAACAUUAUCUCAGGACCUGAAUGCUUUUUGUUGUGCACAGACCGAUGAAUUCAUUUGUUAAUUAUAAAGAACACACUUGGUGUUGUUCCCCUUAAGUUACCAAGUGGUAAUGCCAUUAGCAAGGACUUCUGAAUGUAUGAUUUACGUGACAAAUAAAAGGAUGAUUUGAUUCAUCAGGAGUGUUA